AGGAGGAGCGUUCUGCGCCUGCGGGGUGGGAUGAUGACGAAUCCCGGCGGAGAGGCAGGAGGAAGGAAGGAAAGGGAAAAGCGUAGUGGGAGUGGCUGCCUCCGGCUCCUCUGCUGAUAUUGAAAACAGUUCCAGCGCGCAGCCUCCGCUCUUCCCGGUGGCAGUGAGUUUCAGCCACAGUGAGUGUAAGAAUGUGGAUUUAUCCUGACUAGUUAGAGCUUCAUGAAAUGAAAUCAGCAUUAGCUACAAGAUAACUCAUAUGUCUCAAGUCCUGUUUUCUCAUGAAGAAAAGUAUUUCUGUACUACAGGGGAGGUUAUGGAUCCAACUAUGGUGAAAAAUGUUUCGAAAAGGCAAAAAGCGACACAGUAGUAGCAGUUCCCAAAGUAGUGAAAUCAGUACUAAGAGCAAGUCUGUAGACUCCAGCCUUGGUGGACUUUCAAGAUCAAGUACUGUAGCCAGCCUAGAUACAGACUCUACCAAAAGCUCAGGGCAAAGCAACAGUAAUUCUGAUACCUGUGCUGAAUUUCGAAUAAAAUAUGUUGGUGCCAUUGAGAAACUGAAACUCAGUGAUGGGAAAAGUCUUGAAGGGCCACUGGAUCUAAUAAAUUACAUUGAUGUGGCUCAGCAAGAUGGAAAGUUACCAUUUGUUCCUCUGGAAGAGGAGUUUAUUAUGGGAGUUUCUAAAUAUGGCAUUAAAGUAUCAACGUCCGAUCAAUAUGAUGUUUUACACAGACAUGCUCUGUAUUUAAUCAUCCGCAUGGUGUGUUAUGAUGAUGGUCUAGGAGCAGGAAAAAGCUUACUGGCACUAAAGACCACAGAUGCGAGCUAUGAAGAGUAUAGUCUCUGGGUGUAUCAGUGUAACAGUCUGGAACAAGCACAAGCUAUUUGCAAAGUUUUAGCCACAGCUUUUGACUCUGUAUUAACAUCUGAGAAAUCAUGAGUUCCUGCUAAGUAGAAGACAAAUAACUUCAUCUGAAAGAAACCAGCACUCAGGAUGAAACAGGAGGUGAACUUUUAUCUCCACUAAAGAAUAAAGAACCCUCAUUCCAGUUUCAGAAAGAAGAAAAUGUAUUUUAAAAAUAUUGAUCAUUUCAACCCCGCAAAUUCAAAAUUUUCUAAGUUCUCCAAAGCAUUUCUAGAACCCUGUUGAAUGUUAUGACUGUGAAUGAAGUAAACUUUCUGCUUGGAUGAUAAAAAAGCCUGCAUGCCAAAUUUGACCCCUCUUAGCUUGCCCAGCUUAGCACCAGAAAGUGUUGUGUGUAAAAACAUUUUAAUGUAUAAUAAACAUUGCAACCUAG